AUGGAUAUUCGAGGCAAUCUCUUCGGCAAGAAGCCCCAACCCCCACCAGGAGGAGCUGGUCUCCCCGGCCGUCCCGUUCAGCAAGCAGCGGGAGGCGGAUAUGGCGGCGGCGGCGCACCACCUACCAACUACGGCAGCCCAGGUGGUCGCGCUCCCUCGCAACCCCAAUACGCUAGUGGCGGCGGUGGUGCCGGCUAUGGCGCUGGAGGAUAUGGAGGUGCCCCAUCCGAGAAGAGCUAUGGCGGCGGCGGCGGCGGCGGUUACGGUGGACAGCCCGCUCCUGGCGGAUACCGUCCUCAGUCAAGUGGUCGCGGUAUUCCCCUUCGACUGGCAAAGGUUGAUGAUAAGACGUUGCAGAGUCUGUACAUCUUUGGCAACAUUUGCGCCGUAUCGCCCGAUGACUUCCCCCCGAACCGCGACGGCUCCGAUCUAUACGUCCGCUUGACAGGAAGACAACUACGAGGAGAUUACGUCGUGACGGCGCGCCCUACCCCUGGCUUCCGCUCGGGACACAUCAGCUUGUCAGACCCCCAGCGAACAUGGUGCGGUGUUGGCAUGAUGGACGAGUUGAUGGGAGAGGUCUACGACCCCUUUGCCCGUGGAGGCGACGCCUACAUUGGCUCCAUGGAUGUCGAGAUCGGAUUUGCGUCAGCCAACAGAAUCAUUGAUGCUCCCUAUGACCAGGAUGAGCUUGCCAAGAUCUUCGUCAAGACCUUCCAGAACCAGAUCUUUGCUCCCGGUCAAAGGUUCCUCCUCGACGUCAAGAACAUCCCCUUGGCUGUCAUGGUCAAGACGGUCACUCUGGUUGACCUGAGCAUGGGGGGCACUGGCGAGGCUCCCACACGCAGUGACCCUGGAGCCCGCGGUAUUCUCACCAACCAGGCCAGCAUUGGCUUCUACAAGGAUGCUAGGUCACCCAUCAAGCUCAAGGGCUCCAACAAGCGCCCAGCGGCCAACGCCAUCAUUGCCCCAGACUUCAAGUUCGAGGAUAUGGGUAUCGGUGGUUUGGAUACCGAGUUCUCCACCAUCUUCCGUCGUGCCUUCGCCUCUCGUAUCUUCCCCCCUGGACUCAUCGAGAAGCUCGGUAUUAUGCACGUCAAGGGUAUGCUGCUUUAUGGUCCUCCCGGUACCGGCAAGACCCUCAUUGCUAGACAGAUCGGCAAGAUGCUCAACGCCAGGGAGCCCAAGGUCAUCAACGGUCCCGAAGUGUUGAACAAGUACGUUGGUCAGUCUGAAGAGAACAUCCGUAAGCUCUUCGCCGAUGCCGAGAAGGAGUACAAGGAGAAGGGCGACGAGUCCGGUCUGCAUAUCAUCAUCUUCGACGAGUUGGAUGCCGUGUGCAAGCAGAGAGGUUCUGGUGCUGGCGGCGGUACCGGUGUCGGUGACAGUGUUGUCAACCAGCUGCUCUCCAAGCUUGACGGUGUUGACCAGCUCAACAACAUCCUCCUUAUCGGAAUGACCAACCGUAAGGACAUGAUCGAUGACGCCUUGCUUCGUCCCGGUCGUCUCGAGGUCCAGAUCGAGAUCUCGCUUCCCGAUGAGCAUGGCCGUGGCCAGAUUCUCAAGAUCCAUACCUCCAAGAUGAAGGAGAACAAGGUCAUGGCUGAUGACGUCGACCUCGCUGAGCUUGCCACUCUCACCAAGAAUUUCUCUGGUGCCGAGCUUAGCGGUCUCGUCAAGUCCGCCACUUCCUACGCCUUCUCUCGACACAUCAAAGUCGGCACCAUGGCUGGCGUCUCCGAAGACGUGGCCAACAUGAAGGUCAACCGCCAAGAUUUCCUCAACGCCCUUGAGAGUCAGCCCGCCUUCGGUGCCGACGAGUCCGAGCUCGAGAAGCACUUGGCCUACGGCGUCAUCCACUACUCCAAGAGCAUCACCUCGAUCCUAGAGGACGGUCUGCUCUACGUCAACAACGUGCGCAAGCUCGAGCGUCUCAAGCACAUGACCGUCCUCCUCCACGGUCCUUCGGCCUCCGGAAAGACCGCCUUGGCCGCCCACAUCGCCAUGAAGUCCGACUUCCCCUUCAUCAAGACCAUCACGCCCUCGGACAUGGUCGGCUUCCGCGACGAAGUGGCCAAGAAGGACUACCUGCACAAGAUCUUCACUGACGCUUACAAGUCCCCGCUCUCCCUCCUCAUCAUCGACAACCUCGAGCGCAUCAUCGAAUGGAACCCCGUCGGCCCGCGCUUGUCCAACACCAUCCUCCAAGCGCUCGUCACCCUUUUGGUUACUCCCCCGCCCAAGGGCCACCGCCUGUUGAUCCUCGCCACGACUUCUCAGCGUUCUGUCAUGGAGCAGUUGGAUGUCACUGAGUCGUUCGAUUACCAGAUUGCCGUCCCGGCUGUGAACAAUCUCCAGGAGCUUGGCGCCGUGUUGAACGAGGUCGGUGCGUUUGGCGGUGACCAGUCGGCUAUUACUGAGGUGCUGAGUACUCUCCGCGAGUAUACGGGCUCGGAUAGCGUCGGUGUAGGUGUGAGGACGAUCUUGACGGUGGCGGAGAGCGCGGACACGAGUCCUGAUCCUAAGGACUGGUUCGUGGAGAAGAUGGCGGGGUUGAUUGCUCGGUAUAAUAUUAGGUAG